AUGAAGCUUGAAUUUGGGAUUGGUUUGUAUCGCUUGAGAUCAGUUUAUAAUGGAAUUAAUCCGGCUAUGACACAUUGCUCAAAAGAAGAGAGCUUCUAUUUUGCCGGGAGCGAUGCAGGGAAGUUAAGUAGUUUACUUUGUAUGGGUUGUGCAGAUUUUAUGCAAUGGUUGAUUGAAAAUGGUGCCCAGCAUUUUGGUGUCGAUAUCAGAGAUUGUUCAAAGGAAGAUGGAAAGGGGUUGUUUGCAAUAACAGACUUUCGGGAGAAUGAAACAAUAAUAUGCAUACCAGUUGAAAUUAUUAUCACUGCUGGAUUAGUUGCCGAAAUACCGGAUUAUUGUGAUGUUUUCAAAAGACAUCGUUUAAAACCAUUCGAAGCACUGGUGUAUUUCUUCUUAUUAGAAAAAGAUCGGGACUCGAAAUGGGCUCCCUAUUUGAAAAUGCUUCCGAAAUCGUUCUCAACACCAGCUAAUUUACAUCCAAGUUUGGAACCAGAAGAUUUUCCAUUUUGCUUAAGGAGGCAAUGGUUAGUAGGAACUACAGAUGAACUCAUCCAGCAUAUUUAUUUUCAUUCGCAGUUUGUGACGAUAUUAGCAGACACUAUCAUUUGGGAUAAGUUUUUAUGGGCUUGGCAUAUUGUAAAUACUAGAUGCAUAUAUCGCGAUAACAAACGUCAUCCAUUGAUUGACAACGUUGAAGGCGAUUCACUUGCAGUUGUACCUCUUAUCGACAUGCUGAAUCACAGCAACGAUAAUCAGUGUUUUGGAUCCUUACCUACAGAUCUAUUGUCAGCUUUACCAGAUUUGAUUUUUGAAGUUAUUAGUUUUCUCAGACAUGAAAUUCGGAAUUCAAGUAAUAUUCUGUUUAAGGAGCACUGGGCAAAAGUAAUCUAUAAGGAAACGGAGGCUGUAACAGACAAUGAUGUUCUAGUGAUUGUACGAUUGCUACGCGAUGAAAUGAUCAGAAAUGGGAAGAGAUCAGCUCAAGAAACGCGAUGGUUAUGGAAUGAACAGGCAACGUUACUUCAUAUCUUGCUCGACAUUGAUUAG